CACUAUCUCGAAUUCGCCAAGGUGGGGCUCGACAUGUCACACGAUUGUUCGACUUGAUUACGAUUACAGUGAUCCCGUGUCGUUCCCCCAAAAAGCUGGGGCCCUGCGCGUAUCCUGGUGUAUGGCUUCCUGGCCCCAUUUCAUUACAAUCUCAGUGUGUAAACGCUAGAACUCAUGAUUGGCUCGUUCUGGAACUUGUGCCGUGCUUGCCCCUCGAUGCCUGUCGAUAAGCUUCACUCCGAAUAUAGGAGCACCUAUCGAUGGCACGAAUAUACGGGGCCAAGACAAGAAGUUGUUAGGAGACCUCCCCAAACGAAUGUUACAGAAAAAAGCAACGAUAUUAGUGCAGUAAGAAACAAUGAAGAAGAUUCUUAUUCUACUGAAGCAGGACAUAAGCCGGAACCUGCAAUGCCUAGAAGAAAAAAGUAUCCCGAUUUAGCAUAUCGGCAUCAUGAGUUCAUAGUAAGUGAUGGAACUAAUGAUUUUGAUAGUGCAGAUAGAGCUAGGUCGGAAGAACGAAAUGGGUUAGAAUGGAAAUCCUCGAGACGUAGCAAGUCGGAAGGGCCUGCACGGAAUGCCGUUCACGUGGACGGGAGUGCUGAACGAGAACGGGAACGGCGAAGGGAAUCUGAUCCUGAUAUGGAAAACAUGAACACGGGAAAAGACGGGAGUCUUUUAAGAAAAGCUAUUUCAAAAUUAAGUACUGAAUAUAGACUGCAAUUUGCUUGGCCUCAGGGACACACUUCUCGACGAGAAGCGGCCGGCUUCACUCCUCGCAAGAGCCACUCCAUGGGAGCUUUGAAGGCACGAGCUCAAGCCAACGCCAUGGUUCACAAGAACCGCAUCCACUUGGAAAACAAAGACGCAAGCGAACUAGAACCAUUGGUGGACGAAGGAAAUAAUCGAGAUAAGUGCCGAGAAAGUUUCCAUUCCGAAUAUAAAAAGAAUUAUAGACCGUUUUCUCAAUACGAAUACACCGAAAGAGGAUUCUCAUCAAAAAGAGUUGAUCCAAUAGAAGAAGUUCAAAAACAUCUCGAAAGCGACAAAAACUCAUCCUGGUAUCGAGAAGUAGUUGAACUUCGCAAAAAGGCAGGAGAAUAUAAGCACCGUGAAUGGGGUAGUGAUUUAGCCCCCGAACGACUCACCGACAUAUACAAUAAACAGAUAGAACUGUGGGAUCAAGUUUCUAGAAGAAGUUCGUUAUCAGCUUUAUCGUUAGCCUCAAUGACUCAUAAAAAUUACACGAAAGAAGAAAAAGAUGAUGACAAUAAUAGGAAGAGCUCUCCCACUAAGGCUUAUAGAAACGCUGAAAAUUCUGUUAGAAUGAUCAGAGAUAUUAUACGACACCACCUUGAAAGAACCACUGGAGGAUCAGAAAUGGACGGACUAAUAUUAUCGCCGACUAGAGAAAAAUUAGAGCCCACAAUACCGAGAAAGGACGAUGAUUCUAGAGGAUCGCAAAAGAAUAGCCCAAAGAAGAGUUCUCCAAUGAAGUCUUCGUCGUUAAAGAGGACUAAUCAAAAAGCUAAACAAGGUGGGCCAAAGAAACUUCGGUCGCAGUCAGUAGGACCAACAACCGAAUCCAGUGUAGAAAAAAGAUCGCCUAAGCGCCAAUCUAGAUCAACUACAGCAAAAGAAGGCCGAAAAUCUUCAAGUGAAACUCCAUCUAAUAAAAGACCAAGACCUUCAUCCCUCAACACUGUUUCAUCCCGAUCUAAAUCCACUUCGGUAGUAACAAAACACGAAGAUGAUAGAUUGGCCAAACCAUUGCAAAACCAAAAAACUAUAGAUUCAUCUAAGCAAAUUCAAAAAGUAUCGACUAAAGAUAGAAAAGGAGUUGAUGAAGCCGAUGAAACUAAAACUGAUGCUGUGGAAAAUAAAGAUACCUCCACCAAUGAAGAGUACGACAGUUUAACAUACGAACCUGUCAUCAAAUCGCCUCCGGAGCCUACAAGAGUCAAGUCACCUGAGCAGAUUAUAAUGCGUUCCCCUGAUCCAGUAAAUUGGACAGUGCCUUUGGAUACCGGAAAAACUUUUACAGUAACACAAAACGUUCGAGAAGGAGACUUAGGAAGUAGACCCCACAGUGAAGUGAAAGUCUGGACUCCACCAGACAUACCUCCACCCGUGGCCCAAUCAGCUCCACCAACACUUAUCGAACAGUCUAAAGAGCCGGCAGGCUUGUCUUAAUAUGAUCUGAGUUCUGCUUGUAAAAUUUGAUUUGAUUACAUUGCUUUAGGUAUUGAUUUUUCAGCGGAAGCAAGAACUCAGGCGCAGGCAAGACCAUUCCAUCACAGUUGUUCCCCAUUGUAGUUCAGAAAAACCUACGCCGAUGACCGGAAGAUAUGGAAUUACUUCUCAGAUUUUCAGAAUCAUCAAUACAUGAAGACUUGAUACUCCAACAAAGUAGUAGGGCAGAAUUUUCGAUACCUAUCAAUCUAUUAACGUUUUUCUUUUUGAGUAAAAUCGUGCUACAUCUUUAUAAAAGACCAAAUUUUUGUAUGAAAAUGUAACAUGGUAUUUAUAUUAGUCGAGGCGCGGCGGUUUCUCUUUGUUUCUCAGUGUUAUUACGAACUUAUAAGUUAUAGGAUGACCAAUUUUCAUGUUACAAAAAUAUUCCACUUUUGUAUACUGUUGAAAUGUAGGUCUUCCUUACGGAUUUUAAAUGUUUUCCAGUUGGAUCUAGUUCACAAAAUAGGUGUUAGAAAAUAUAUAUUUUGAAACAUGAUAUCAAGUUCCUAUUUAUUUUGCAAAGGGUUCAUAUAAAUGUGUAUGCAUCAACAAUUACAUUACAGAUAUUUCAUUGAACAUACUACAGAGAAUUUUUGAUAAUUUUUAUUCAGUUUUUUUUAAAAAAGUAGCGUAGCCAGGAUUUUGAAAUGGGGAGAGUGGGUUUACCAGAGAUUUUGGGCUCUUCCUACUCUCAGAGUCGGUAAAAAAAAGGAAUAAUGGUUUUAAAUUAAUACCAAAAGACUGUUUCACUAUAAGUAUUUAUUUUCAUUACAUCAUAACAGGAACAUUUUUGCAAGUUAAAAUCACUUGUUUUCUCUCCAUUCUAUGUGGUUUUAAAGAAAACUCAUCCAGCACAUCAGUUGGUGUGGUAACAAUCUCACAAUGGACAUUGAGCAAAGCCAGACCAUUUAAACCUGUCUCACUUGUGUUUCUGAGGUAGGAUUUCGGUCUUCUUAAUGUCGAAAAAAACCUUUCACUUGUAGCAGUCGUUACUGGCACCGUGGCAAAUAUUUUCAGUAAAUUGUGAUAGAGUAUACUGAUAGAGUAGUUUUGUCGCACAUAUACCUUACCGAAAUUUCAUCUAAUGCAGCAUUCUCACUGCAAUCGAUAUCUGUGGCAUACUUGGCAACCAAUUGUUUCACUUCCUUCUCGUCCUCUUCAGAUAAUGUCAAUUUAUCUUUUGUUGGGAAUAGGUAUUGAAAAUAUUUCAAAAUGCCUUUGUGUUCAAUGAAACGAGAUUUCAGUUUUUGGAUGAAUCCAUCCGAGAAUGGUAUGAAUACUGCUAUUCUGUAAUAAACCUAAAAGUUUGUAGACCCGCUAGACGUGGGAUACGCAAUUCAGCGUUUGCCUGUACUUGCUCAUAUAUUUUUUUGAAUUCGUCUUCUGAAUGAUCUCUCAGGGUCAAUAGUCUGUCUUCAACUACAAAAGCGUAUCCCAUUGCCUUUACCAAGUCCAAAUGUUCUAAAUGCAAAAAUCGGCUCAAGGGUGCAAGGAUACUAAAUAUUGAACUGAUACAGUGAACUCUGAGCUUUGAAUUGAGCAUAGCAGUAGAUUAGUAUUAGAGGCAGCUUCACGAUCAAGUCAUUGGUUCCGUUUUUUCUCUAACGGAUUAACAAACACCAAACAAAAUCUAUGACAAAUACAAUGCAGUAAACGGAAACGCUUAGGAGAAGUCAGUGAACUAUAAGUGUUUUAAACUACUGACACUGUCACUCUUAGCUUAAGGCGUCGUUAAAGGUUGUGUGACUGGCCAAAUUGUAUAGAAGAUUUAUAGUAAACAUUCAAUUUAUGAUUUUUUCUAGCAAUAACACUAAUUUGUAUUCUACGUCCUGUAACCGAUAUUAUUGACAUAUUUAUUUACUUUAUUACUCGAUUUUGGGGCCUUUUUUACCGGCUCAAGGGGGGCGUUGUAAUCCGGAAAACCCCCCCGUGACUAUGCCAAUGGUUUUUUAAAAUGUGAAUAAACAAAGAUCUAUCACCGCAUCGCGUCGUGGAGCGAUCGCGUGUGUCUUUGCCUUAAUAACGCAAUUAAUUUUCAUUAAAUGGUAAGUAAAUUCAUUCUAAAAAAAACAUAAAUCAAGAAGAAAUCAUCGAUUUUAUUUAAAACUGUUUAUUUAAUGAUUAUUUGAAUCCUUUGCAAAAUAUAUUUUUCUACUGUAUUAAUAUAAAAAGCUUUUGAGCGUCACAUUUACAAGGCGUUAAGGCUGUUUUAUCUUAGUAACGUUGAAAAAAUCAGAAUAUUAAUUAAUACAAAAUGUGUACCAGUUUCUAAAUGGAAUCCAUUCAAGGAUUGAAAUAAAAAUAAAUUAUUACGAACUUUUUGGUUAAUAAUCCGUGCAUGAAAUUUUAUUUGGGUGCGUAAGAGAACCAACCUAGCGCCUAGAGUAUAUUUAAAAUUUUUGCUGUCUUUAUUUAGCCAAUUAAAGCUCAGCUUAACCUUUGUAAUAAUAUAGUAGUUCAGUAUAUUUAGGGAUAUGAGUGUAUAAGAAUACAUUAUAAUCAAAUUAAUAUCUUCUAUAUCUCGUUUUUACCAUAAUAGUCCUAGUAUGUUUUCAGAUUAAACAUGAAAUUAAAUAAAUAGCAUUAAUCUAUACUGUAACCGCAAUUCUAUAUAUUUGUGUAAGCCUCAAUAAAUCACUACUUAAUCCUCAAAAAAUUCACAAUCUACUAGGGGAAUUGGUGAAAUUUUUUGAAGUUCGUUUUGCUAAGAGCUACUUUGUGUAAAUUUAGCUAGUUUUAUACCUAAUGAUGUUAUUGGGUAAUUUCUUUUCUAAAUAUACUGGUCUACAAAUGCUUAACAUUUGUUCCUUGCGUCCAACAGUCAAAAACCGAAUCCGUCAAUAAAAUCGCAGGAAUCUUUGGUUCUUCUUUUUCUUAGUCAGAUCUAUGCGAGUACCUUAAAAAACAUUCGAACACUAGUUCACAUUAAAUCUAACAAAAUGAGGCUGAUUAUUACUUUAAAAUACAACAUUACUGAUCGUGAGAUAUUGAAAAGCCUGUGAUUCAAUUCGCGUCCAUUAAAAUUUAAAACCUAUCUAAUUGAAAACUAAAAAAUUUUUAUAAAAUAUACGAUAAUAAUUAUUUACAAUAACAAUAUUUUAAAGAAGCUGAUUAAUUGCAAACUUUUGAUAUAAAUUCUAUUAAUCUGACAGCGGUUUUUUCCAUAUUUCAACAAUUUUUCAUUAAAUAGUUGGGUCCAUCUUUUAUAUUGUUAUUAUUAUAAUAAAAAAAAAUAUGAUCCAUCUUACUUCAACUGUCCUCAUGCUAUUUUAAGUGCUACAAUUAAAGAAAGGCGUUAACUGGGAAUGGUUAGAAGAAUACACUGAGAAAAGUUUCCUUGGCAUACUUCACGCAUGCCUUCUAGGCCCAUAGCAUAGAAGUGAUUCCCUUUCACUCUUUCCUUUUUUUUGCUUUCUUUUUCCAGUCCUGAAUUCCUCCCUCUCUCUCUCUCGCUCUCUUAGGUCCUCCAUCAUCUCUGCGUACCAUCUUUUCCUUGGUCCUCAUUUUUUUCUUAUUCGUUCUUGUUCUAUGUCCAUCAUUUUUUUUGUUGCUCUAAAAUCUGGUAUUCUCUAUAUGUGACCCAGCCCCUCUAUUAUUUUGCUUCUCCAAAUAGAUUCCUUAUUUCAUUAUUUGUUCUCCUCAGCCAUAAAUCUCACUCCUUUUCACCUACUAGUAUUUUUCUUUCCCAUAUAACUUCUCUGGUUUUGGAGAUAAUUUUGGAUCUUUUUAUCGCAUUCAGCGCUCCCAACUGUUUACUUUUCCUCGUCAUCCUCGCUUCCAGAUUUCCUCCCUCGUCACCGUCGUCCAUGAUAACCCCCCCAAGACAUAACUUUGAACUUGUUCUAAGCCCUUUCUUCGUUCAGUUGUAUUGACAAAACUUCUAUACAUACACUGCGAUAAAAUGUGCAUUUAAUAAAUUUUUUCUGGACAUUAUUUAAUUAGGAAAAUAUUAAUUUUUGUGUGGCGAUUAACUUCCUCUCGCAGUGUAUUUUCUUGUACUUCAGUCAAAUGAUGAAGUUGCUGUUUCUAUGUGUGUGUGUGUGUGUGUGUGUGUGUGUGUGUGUGUGUGUGUGUGUGUGUGUGUGUGUGUGUGUGUGUGUGUGUGUGUGUGUGUGUGUGUGUGUGUGAAGUUAUUAUGGGUUCCCAAGCUACUUUGAAGUUUUCAAUCUAAUCAUCCAUUAAUCGAAAUUUAUAUCCGUCGAUUUAUAUGAUUGUGGUGAAUUAUUAAUUCUUGAAAAUAAACUGUUUUCGAAUACAAAAAGUUUUAUCAAACUAUGGUUCCUAGCUUUUAGGUUAGAAGUAGAGAUGGGAAUACCGCUUGUGUAGAAUUACCAAAAUGUUUACUCAUGACAUGCAAUUUAAAAAUGAAAAAUACCAUUGUUCCUUUCCUUAUACUUAAAACUACCGUGACGAAAUAGCUCUACCAAAAUAUCGAUCCAUCUCUAAUAGAUGUAUAUUAUUUGAUACAUUUCAUAUAAAUAAUUAUACGCAUAUAAAAGUAUUAAAGUUUUUAGAAAUCUCAUUUGUUUUUAAUAAAACUUAACUUUAACUAAGUAAAACAAACCACAUGUUCCGUAAAUUAUCUUAAAAUAAUAAUAAAAGUGAUUAUAAAAGUACGAGAGAUGUUUACAAGUGUUUAAAUACAGGGUGUUUCUAUAUUCGACCGACAAUGUUCUACCACAGAGAGAUCUCAAUAAAUGAUUCAUUUUGAUAUAGGAAUACGAACUCUUACGGGACCUAAUUGCUGAGAUUUAUGGUGUUCAAAAUUUUAAGUCAAAAUCAAAAAUUUGCCAUAAAUAAAGAACACCUUUAAAGUAAUAUUUUGACAUGAACAAAGUUUGGAAAAAUUUAACCAGUGGCCUUUCAGUCAGGGUUAGUUGCCACUUUUAUCCCCCUAUUUUCAACACCACGUGCAAAUUUUUAAUUUUGAUUUAAAAUUUUGAACACCCUAUAUCUCAACAACUAGGUCCUGUAAGGUUUGUAUUUCCUAUAUCAAAAUGAAUUAUUUAAUGAGAUCUCUCUAUGGUAGAGCGUUGUCGAUCGAAUUUAGAAACAUCCUGUAUAUCAGUGUAAUUUUCACUUGAAAAUGUAAAAUGACACAAUUGUUAAUUUGCUCGUCCAAAUAUUUCAUUUUAAUACAAAUUAAUUUCAAUUUAAAUACCUAUACCUAGUUAGUUAUUAUUAGGUAUUAGUGUUUGAAUGUUUUUGAAGGUUAUUUCCAGCUCUGUCCUUAGCCAACGCCACACCUAACGUCCCAUUUUUACAAAAAAAAAUGUGAUCUCUUAACCAGUACAUUCACGUUUCUGCUAACAAAAAAUUUAAACAUUGUGGUAUAUAUUCAUAUUAUAUUUUUUGUAGAUGCGUUUGCUUGCAAAUUUUAAUUCUUUUAGUGUACAUCGAACGCACUUGUGUAUUAUUUUACUAAAUCGGAAGUAAAGAGUUAUAUAAAGAUUCUGUUAAAA